GAAACAAAAAAUAUAAUAUACGCAUAAUGUAUUGUAUUUUUUGAAAGAUGAGUACACGUUUUGCAUCAAGGAAUAGAGUUUUGGAAAUCUUGAAAAAUUAUUUUUGUUGUUAAAGUUAAUAAGUAUUAAUGGAGUGUGCAAUAAAAGAGAAGAGUUGCAAAACUGUUGGAUCCAGUAACUUAAAUAUUAUUCAGCAAUAUUACAAAGAUGCUCUUAAGUCUGUUGCUGCUGGAUUAAAUCUAGAAGAAGGUUCUGAAAAAAUUAAUGAGGCUAUUGCUUCAUACAGAAAUGGUUUACGAUUUUGUGAAGCAGGAAUUAAUUUACCUUAUGCAGCAGAAAAUCUAAAUAAUGAAGAUAAGGAAAAGUAUAAAAAAGUAGUUGCCAGUUUGACCAGAAUAAGCGAGGAAAUAAAGGAACGUCUUGUGAUCCUCAAUAAUGAUGAGCGUGUCAUAGAUACAUCUUUUGAUGAAAUUAACAAUCUUCCUGUUGUUAAUGAAAUGAAUAGCAACCAUGAAAAAAAUAAAAUUUGUGAUAAACAAGAUGAUCUUUCAGUUGAUGAUUCUAAAGAUAAAACAUGGCAGGAUGUACAAGAGUUAUUACGAAUUGAUGAGGGUGUAAAUAUGCUACAUGUUGAUAAUAAAGGAUCAGUCAGCACUUGGAUGUUGCCUUGUAAUAUUGAGAUCUUUCAAAUAAUAAAACAGUCUAUAGAAAAAAUAUCACCAGCAGGUUUCAUUAAAUGUGGAGAUUGGAUCUACCCUUUGGAGCCUGGUAAAUCACCAGUUCUUAAAACAAAAAAGAAAACUUAUAUAUUUCCUGAUUUAAGUGAAUCUAGUCAGCAACAAGUUUCUGAAGCUUCUAGUCUUCCUUGCAUAGGUAUAAUUCUUUCUGAAAUUGUUCCAGAAAAACUUGUUAAAAGAUUUGAGAGGAUUUUGUCUUGUUAUUGUGAUUUUCGUGUUGAAAAACCAGUGCGUCCUCCUUUGCCAUCAAUUCAAUUAGGUGAAAAUCAAAUUGUUGCUCCAAGUGCACCAAGUGAAGAUCAGGUUGUUGUUCCAAGUGCACCUAGUGAAGAUGUUAUUGAAGAGAUAAUUGCAUCACCUGCAUUACCAUCAGAUGUUAUUCAAAAUAAAUGGCCAGACAGGAUUACUUCUGGAAUACGAAUUGGUUCACAAUGGAUUUCAUGGGGUUUUGUCAAAGGUGCAGAGUGUGCCACUUCUUUAGUAGAAAAAGGAGCACAAUCAUUACGAAAAAGAAUUAAACCUAACCAAGAGGUCACUUUAGUUGACCCAGAUCUUUCACGCAACAUGCGCCAUUUAUAUCAAGCUACUGGUUCUAUUGUACAAAUAAGCACUUUUUUGCUUUCAACACUUGGCGCCAUGACUGUUUUGCUGGGCAAAAAAUUGGCACCUCAUAUAGAGCAUCAUGGACAAAAACUUCUGCCAGCUAAUUAUCAAUAUGAAAGUAAUGAAAAAAACAAAAAAACAGUUGAAAAUGUCAAAAAAGUUGCCUCUGCAAGUUUAGAAGGGUUUGGCUUAAUAUUUUUGGCUCUUGAACAAGCUGGUGCGAACUUGUAUAAAGGAAUAUCUAUAGCAACUGUGCAAACACUUGAGCACAGGUAUGGUAAUGAAGUUGGAGAAAUAACCCAAGAUGCAAUGGGUGUUGCUGGAAACACAAUGCAGGCAUAUUGGAAUUUAAAGAAACUUGGUGCAAAAGCUGUUGCUAAGCGAGUCGUGAAAGAUACUGGAAAAGCUUGUGUUUUAGAUCACGGCGAUGUGCCUAAAUAAAGUAAUAAUAGUGCACUACGUGUUCAAAACGAUUAAUUAUGAAGCAUUUAGCAGGCUAUCAAUUGCUAAAUUGUAAUUGUAUUCAUCUUUGAACUAUUUAAUUUGGCUAUCAA